GGACCAGCAAGUGCCCUACACCUUCUGCAGCAAAUCGCCCGGAAAUGGGAACUUGCGCGAAGCGCUGAUGGUCCCGCAGGGGAAGCUCAUGGACCCCGGCUCCCUGCCGCCCCCCGACUCCGAAGAUCUCUUCCAGGAUCUAAGUCACUUCCAGGAGACGUGGCUCGCUGAAGCUCAGGUACCAGAUAGUGAUGAGCAGUUUGUUCCUGAUUUCCAUUCAGAAAACUUAGCUUUCCACAGCCCCACCACCAGGAUCAAGAAGGAACCCCAGAGUCCGCGCACAGACCCGGCCCUGUCCUGCAGCAGGAAGCCGCCACUCCCCUACCACCAUGGCGAGCAGUGCCUUUAUUCCAGUGCCUAUGACCCCCCUAGACAAAUCGCCAUCAAGUCCCCUGCCCCUGGUGCCCCCGGACAGUCGCCCCUGCAGCCCUUUCCCCGGGCAGAACAACGGAGUUUCCUGAGAUCCUCCGGCACCUCUCAGCCCCACCCUGGCCAUGGGUACCUCGGGGAGCAUAGCUCUGUCUUCCAGCAGCCCUUGGAUAUUUGUCACUCCUUCACGUCCUCUCAGGGAGGGGGCCGGGAACCCCUCCCAGCCCCCUACCAACACCAGCUGUCGGAGCCCUGCCCACCCUACCCCCAGCAGAGCUUCAAGCAGGAAUAUCUUGACCCCCUGUAUGAACAGCUGGCCGUGGGCCAGGGUGGGGUCAACGGGCACAGGUACCCAGGGGCGGGGGUGGUGAUCAAACAGGAGCAGACUGACUUCGCCUAUGACUCAGAUGUCCCUGGGUGUGCGUCAAUGUACCUUCAUACAGAGGGUUUCCCUGGGCCCUCUCCAGGUGACGGGACCAUUGGCUAUGGCUAUGAGAAACCUAUGCGACCAUUCCCAGAUGAUGUCUGCGUCGUCCCUGAGAAAUUUGAAGGCGACAUCAAGCAGGAAGGAGUCGGAGCAUUCCGAGAGGGACCGCCCUACCAGCGCCGUGGUGCCUUGCAGUUGUGGCAGUUUCUGGUGGCCCUGCUGGAUGACCCAACGAAUGCCCACUUCAUUGCCUGGACCGGCCGGGGGAUGGAAUUCAAACUAAUUGAGCCUGAGGAGGUCGCCAGGCUCUGGGGUAUCCAGAAGAACCGGCCAGCCAUGAAUUACGACAAACUGAGCCGCUCACUCCGAUACUAUUAUGAGAAAGGCAUCAUGCAGAAGGUGGCUGGCGAACGUUACGUGUACAAGUUUGUGUGUGAGCCUGAGGCCCUCUUCUCUCUGGCCUUCCCGGACAAUCAGCGUCCAGCUCUUAAGGCCGAGUUUGACCGGCCAGUCAGUGAGGAGGACACAGUCCCUUUGUCCCACUUGGAUGAGAGCCCGGCCUACCUCCCAGAGCUGGCUGGCCCUGCCCAACCCUUUGGCCCCAAGGGUGGCUACUCCUACUAGCCCCUAGCAGCUGCUCCCUUGCCGCCGGGGUGCUGCCCUGUGUAUAUAUAGAGGAAUUUGGUGUUGGGGAAACCCUCACUCUGAAACCCGCAGAUGUCUUUGGAGCAGAUCCCCACUGGCCCAUCAGUUGCUCUGCCCAGACUCUGAGCUGCUCAUGUGAGUCAAUGGGAAGGAAAAGUGGAGACACUGCAAGUGCAAAGGUGGAACCUCGGAAACUCUUAGGGGUUUCACCCCUGGCCUCUUCCUAGGUCACGCUUACAGGCCCCCACACCCUCUCCCCCAUCACAGAGAACAAGAGUUUGUUCUGUUCUGGGGGACAGAGAAGGAGCGUCCCCACUUUAUCCUGGUGGAGAGAGGGAUGCAUUGAGCUCAGCUCUCCCACUGCAGGGAGACAGAAGCCUGGAUCCUGCCCUCCACUCCAAGCUGUGGCCCUGGAGGGUCCUGCUUGUCAGUUCUUGGUGCUCUGUUCCCAGAGGCGGGGGGUGGGGGGGGAGGCUGGAGGAAGAAAUGUGGGAUAGGGUAGAGGUUGCUGGUAGAGGCAGGAAGGGCUGGGUUCCUGCUUCGAGGGCCCUUUGCUCUGCCUGUUCCUAGGCCCAGGCCUGGGAUAUCACCUCCACCAUGUCUGCCAGACCCUAAUAAAAGCCCCUGCUUCUUCUG